CUUCAAAAUAAGAAAAAUUUGUGUUUUUUAAGACAAAUAAUUAAAUUUUCAGUGAUUUUAGUUAAAAAAUCAUGAAAUAAAUAAAAAAUUUGCAUGUGUUUAAUGGAAACUAUCGUUUAAAAGAACAAAAUCAUACGGGAAACAAGAAUUGUAUACAAUAGUUGGUGGUCACAGAAAAAUUACGAUUGUUUUGUUUACUACAUUCUGAAUGUGUGUGCUAGUAUUUAGAAAUAAAAUUACAAACAAAUUUAAAUAAGAGUUUUAUUAAGAUUUAACAUUUGCAAAAAAAAUUGUGUUUAAAUAUGAACGUCAAAGACAUUCUCAUGAAAGCGGUUCAAUGUGACCAGGCAGGUCGCAUCUUAGAAGCCCAAAUUCAUUAUCAGGAAGGAAUACAAAUUCUAAUGGAAUUGGUUAACGACGAAAAUGAUGUGGCAAAGAAAAAAGUGUUUUAUGAACGCAUUAAAGAGUACAUUGAUAGGGCAGAACAAAUUAAGGAACGUGUUCAGAGGCAUGUCUCGCAGGGUGAAUUAGUUUCUCAUAAUCCAAUUGAUGAAGACGCCACUGGCUACAGUUACAAAAGUCUAUUUGGAAAAUAUAUAACACCUCAAGUAAAGGAAGUGCUAAUAGAAGAGCCUUAUCUAGUCGAAAGAUAUCAGUUUCAAAAUUUAGUAUCAUUUUUCGAAUUGUUGGUUAAACAAAGUCAGGGGUUAAAAUUCAUAAGCUUGAUAACUAAAGCAGAUCAAAAGAAUAAUUCCACUCAGCAAAAUACUCUGCAGCAGAUCAAGGGAGAUUUGGCCAAACGAGAUAUAAGAUUAAAUGUUAACUUUGAAAAUUCCUUACAUGAUCGUAAAAUAGUCUUAAGCAAUGGUUAUAUAAUUAAAAUUGGACGUGGCCUGCACUUUUUUAAGGCCAAUAAUCCUUUGUUUUCAUUGGGACUUACCGAUUAUGAUUUCCGAAGAUGUUUACAAACCGAUGUGGAUAUUUGGCGCACAAGAAGUAUAUAAAACGUGUUCCUAUGCUAUUUACAGCUCAUUUUUUGUAAUUUGAAAUAAGUUUUUAUAUAAUGUACUUAUUAGGGAUUAUUGAUGUUUUUUUUUUCUGGACCAAUAAAAGUUAAUAUUUUUAUAAAUUUUUUAUUAAUUUAGAAA